AUGGGUCCAGAUGCUAUACACCCGCGUGUCCUAAAGGAGCUAGCCGAGACCCUGGCAACGCCCUUGUCGGUGAUCUUUUCUAAGUCCCUAAACGAGGGUAGGCUACCCAGGGAUUGGAAAUUGGGUCACAUCACCCCCAUCUUCAAGAAGGGGAGCAAAAAGGAACCUAACAACUACAGACCAGUAUGCUUGACCUCUGUGGCAGGGAAGGUUCUAGAAGGUUUCGUCAGAGACGCAAUAGUUCAGCACAUGAAAAGUAACAAGCUCUUCACCGAGCAGCAACAUGGCUUCUUGCCCGGAAGGUCGACAACGACACAGUUACUAGCAUGUCUAGGGGACUGGACUUGUUCGCUCGAUAACAACCUCCCCACUGACGCCAUUUACCUGGACUUCCAGAAAGCGUUUGAUUCUGUUCCCAUCGAACGAUUGCUGGUAAAGGUAGAGAGCUUCGGCAUCAAAGGCUGUCUGCUCAAGUGGAUUAGAUCGUUUCUGACUGACAGGCAACAAAGAGUAUUUGUCAAUCAAGCGUGUUCAGGAUGGGCUAUAGUUACGAGCGGAGUCCCACAAGGGAGCGUUCUCGGACCCAUCCUGUUCCUUUUAUUUGUGAACGAUAUGCCAAACUCAGCGAAAAGUGAUCUUAAACUGUUCGCAGAUGACACUAAAGUCUACCGUAUAGUACGAGAAGCAAGUGACUGCGAGGCACUGCAAAAUGACCUUGACAGUUUGCAAUCCUGGGCAAAGAUCUGGCAGAUGAAGUUCCAUCCGAAUAAAUGCACAGUAUUAAGGAUCGGAACAGGGCAUCCCCCCUUUCACUACCAUAUGUCUGACCACCACGGUGAGACCGUUAACCUGGAAAAUACGAAAGAGGAAAAAGAUCUUGGAAUCAAAGUUGACAAAGACCUAAGUUUUGAGUCUCAUAUCUUGUCAAUAGCCUCCAAGGCAAACCAGAUGACAGGGUUGUUAUGGAGAACUUUUCAGUUUGUCGACAGAGAGGUCUUCACCAUCCUUUUCAAAUCCCUAGUGCGUCCUCUCAUCGAGUACGGCGCCCCCGUAUGGUCCCCCGGGACCUGGAAGUUAGUGGACGUUUUAGAGAACGUACAGAGACGUGCAACAGAGAGAAUCCCUGGCCUGAGAGAGCUCCCAUACGAGCAGCGGCUCAGAACCCUGAAACUCCCCACCCUACUGUACAGAAGACUAAGAGGUGACCUUAUCAACACGUAUAAAUACAUACACGGGUUAUACGACACCGAGCCAUGUAUACCGGAAACUAAGAGGGAAGGGAGGACAAGAGGGCACAGCCUACGCCUAACAAGGCCAAGAUCGAACACCAACAAAAGAGACGACUUCUUUAGCAACAGAGUAGUGCCAUGGUGGAACACAUUACCAGAAGAAGUGGUUACAGUACCAACAGUAAACAGUUUUAAGAUGAGGCUAGAUAGAGCCAUGGAAGAACACCCCAUUAUGUACAACUACAAGGCUCUGGACAGACCACAUAAACCAACCAUGUCGAUUGUUGUCAUGGCAACACAUAGCAACUGCUGUGCUGAUACUGAAGACGGGGGGAAGGUUGACACAAAAUCGUACCUGUGUGAGGAGUGCAACAGGCAGUUUAGCAGGCUGAGAGAUCUGAAGAGGCACAUGUGCACUCUUGCAGGGGAGAAACCAUACAAGUGUGAGGAGUGCAGCAGGCAGUUUAGUCAGCUGAGUCGUCUGAAGACCCACAUGCACAGUCACACUGGGGAGAAACCGUACAAUUGUGAGAAGUGCAGCAAACAGUUUAGUCAGCUGGGUACUCUGAACAGGCACAGGCGAACUCACACAGGGGAGAAACCUUACAAGUGUGAGGAGUGCAGCAGGCAGUUCAGUGUGCUGAGCAAUCUGAAGACCCACAUAAGAACUCACACAGGGGAGAAACCCUUCAAGUGUGACGAGUGCAGCAAGCAGUUCAGUGAGCUGGGUACGCUGAAGAUACACAUGCUUACUCAUACAGGGGAGAAACCCUACAAGUGUAAGGAGUGCAGCAAACAGCUUACUCAGUUGAGUCAUCUGAAGACCCACAUGCGAACUCACACUGGGGAGAAACCCUACAGUUGUGAGGAAUGUAGCAAACAGUUCAGCACGUCAUGUGGUCUUAAGACCCACAUGCGCACUCACACAGGUGAGAAACCCUACAAGUGUGAGGAGUGUAGCAAACAUUUCAGUGCACUGGCAGAUCUGAAGAAGCACAGGCGCACUCACACAGGGGAGAAACCAUAUAAGUGUGAGGAGUGCAGCAAGCAGUUCAGACAUGUUGGAAGUCUGAAGAGUCACAGGCGAACUCACACGGGGGAGAAACCAUACAAGUGUGAGGAGUGCAGCAAGCAGUUUAGUCAGCAGCAGCAUCUGAAGAUCCACAUGCGAACCCACACAGGGCAGAAACCCUUCAAGUGUGAGGAGUGCAUGAGGCAGUUUAGUACACUGGAUACUCUGAAGAUCCACAUGCGUACUCACACAGGGGAGAAACCUUGCAAGUGUGAUGAGUGUAGCCGGCAGUUCAGUACGCCAGGUCAACUGAAGUCACACAUGCGCACUCACACAGGUGAGAAACCGUACAGGUGUGAGAAGUGCAGCAGGCAGUUCAGUCAUCUGAGUUACCUGAAGCUUCAUGUACGAACUCAUACAGGGGAGAAACCCUUUAAGUGUGAGGAGUGCCUCAAACAGUUUAGUCAGCUAGCUCAUCUGAAGAGCCAUAUGCGUACUCAUACAGGUGAGAAACCCUAUGCGUGUGAGGAGUGCAGCAAACAGUUUAGUAAUCUGUGUAGUCUGAAGACCCACAAACGCACACACACAGGGGAGAAACCCUACAGAUGUGAUGAGUGCAGCAGGCAGUUCAGUCAGCUGGGGAGUCUGAAGACUCACAUGAGAUCUCACACAGGGGAGAAACCCUACAAGUGUGGGGAGUGUAGCAGGCAGUUCAGUGAGCUAGGUGGUCUAAAGUCUCACAUGCGUACCCACACAGGUGAGAAGCCCUACACCUGUGAAGUUUGCAGCAAACGAUUCUGUCACCAGAGUUCUAUGAAGAAACACCAGCAAAUGCACACAAAAGCCAUUGUUGUCAUGGCAACGUAUAGCAACUGCUGUGCUGAAGCUGAAGACGGAGAGGCUGCUCUUAAACUGGCCGCCACAAAACCGUACCCAUGUGAGGAGUGCAGCAGGCAGUUUAGUAGGCUGAGAGAUCUGAAGAGGCACAGGCGAACUCACACAGGGGAGAAACCUUACAAGUGUGAGGAGUGCAGCAAACAGUUCAGUCAGCUGAGUCAUCUGAAGACUCACAUGCCGACUCACACAGGGGAGAAGCCAUACAAGUGUGAGGAAUGCAGCAGGCAGUUCGGGCAGCUGAGUCACCUAAAGACCCACAUGCGUACUCACACUGGGGAGAAACCCUACAAGUGUGAGGAAUGCAGCAGGCAGUUUAGUCAGCCGGGUACUCUGAUGAGGCACAAGCGAACUCACACAGGGGAGAAACCUUACAAGUGUGAGGAGUGCAGCAGGCAGUUCAGUGUGCUGAGUAAUCUGAAGACCCACAUAAGAACUCACACAGGGGAAAAAUCCUUCAAGUGUGAGGAGUGUAGCAGGCAGUUUGGAAGGCUAAGUUAUCUGAAGACCCAUAUGCGCAGUCACACAGGGGAGAAACCUUACAAGUGUGAGGAGUGCAGCAAGCAGUUUAGCCAUCUGCAGAGUCUAAAGAAGCAUGUGCGCAUUCACACAGGGGAGAAACCCUAUAAGUGUGAGGAGUGCAGCAAACAGUUUAGUCAGCAGAGUCAUCUGAAGACACACAUGCGCACUCAUAAAGUUGAGAAACCGUACAAGUGUGAGGAGUGCAGCAAGCAGUUCAGUCAGUUGAUUGAUCUGAAGAGACACAUGCGCACUCACACAGGGGAGAAACCCUACAAGUGUGAGGAGUGCAGCAGGCAGUUCAGUCGUCUGGGUACUCUGAAAAGCCACAUGCGUACUCACACAGGGGAGAAACCUUACAAGUGUGAGAACUGCAGCAGGGAGUUCAGUAGGCUUAAUACUCUGAAGACACACAUGCAUACUCACGCGGGAGAAACUACAAGUGUGAGGAGUGCAGCAGCCAGUUCAGUACGCUAGGUACUCUAAAGAAGCACAUGGUUACUCACACAGGUGAAAAACCUUACAAGUGUGUGGAGUGCAGCAGGCAGUUCAGUGAGCUAAGUAGUCUAAAGUCUCACAUGUGGACCCACACAGGUGAGAAGCCCUA